CGAGCAAGCCAGUUUACCAGCUGCUACAUGCUUCACAUGACCGCAGUAUUUCAGCAUUUCAGUGUUGCGGUUUUAUGAGUGAAUUAUAGGGCCGGAAUUUAAAUCGUACACGUAGAUACAAAUAAAUCGACUGUCAGUAGGUACAUGAUUGUAGUGUCACCUUUUUAUCUAUGCUCCACAAAUCCAACCGGCACAGCUUGUAGCUAAGUAACGUAACGUUAGCAACGUACUAAUUGGUAAGCUGCUUCCACGGCUUGUGAGUAACAGCGGAAUGAGUUGUGGAUAUGGCGGUAGAGGUGGAAGAAGAGGCAGAAGGGGAAGUCGAGGCCACAGAGAUGGCAGCAGAGAAAGGUGGGACAAGAGAGGAGACGGGGGUGGUUUCAGAGAACAUAGCUCCGACCAGGACCGAGGAGGAGGUCAGCACCAUCCCCCGCACCUGAAGGGCCGUGAGAUAGGUCUGUGGUACGCAAGAUACGGAGCAGUGAGGAGAAAACAGGCUGACCGGAGAUCGCGGGCGGUGGUCCAGAUGGAUGAGGCCAGAGAGCAGCACAUUACCAAGCUGCUUAACUCUGUCCAGAAUGAGCAGCCUGGUCCCAGAGCUUCUACGUCUGACAACUGGCGGACAGAUGCCAAUAGAGGUGGUCAUUGUUACUUUGAAGGGGAUUUGCCUGAAGAGGAGAAACAGAAGAGCGAGAUCAAAUCUGAGGAAGAGGAAGAAGAAGUUAGUUCAAGCCAGAAGACAGCAGCUUGCCAGUCACGGUGUACCUUUACUUCAGCAGUUGCUAAAGAUGAACCUCCAGACAAGUGGGAUGAAGAAGAGGAGCAGCAGGAGGAGGAAAAAGAGAAACUGAGAAGGAAAGACAAGGAUCUGGAGUUCUUAUUUCAGGAAGUAGUGAGAGAUAGUUCACUCGAUGACUUCUUAAAGAGAGAUUUGCAGAGCAAGAGAUCAGAUCCAAAGUACAAAGAAAUGCUGAAAUUCAGGGAAAAUCUACCAUCUUAUGGGAAAAAAGAGGAGCUGGUGGAGCUGAUCAGCUCUAACCGUGUUGUGGUUGUGAGUGGGGAGACAGGGUGUGGAAAAACCACCCAGGUCACCCAAUUCAUCCUAGAUGACUACAUCAGUAGAGGAGUGGGCUCGAUGUGCCGGGUGGUCUGCACACAGCCUCGUCGCAUCAGUGCCAUCUCGGUAGCAGAGCGUGUAGCAGCAGAGAGGGCAGAAAGUGUAGGGAAUGGAAAUUCUUGUGGUUACCAAAUCCGCCUACAGAGCCGGUUACCACGGAGACAAGGUUCGGUCCUGUACUGUACAACAGGCAUUAUUCUUCAGUGGCUUCACUCAGAUCCAUUGUUGUCCAGUAUCAGUCACCUGGUGCUAGACGAAAUCCAUGAGAGGAACCUGCAAUCUGAUGUUUUGCUCAUCAUUGUGAAGGACCUACUCAAAGUCCGGGAUGAUCUUAAGGUCAUCCUCAUGAGUGCCACCCUCAACGCAGAGAAGUUUUCUAAAUAUUUUGACAACUGUCCAGUGAUCCACAUUCCUGGUUUGACGUUCCCAGUGCAAGAGUUCCUCCUCGAGGACAUUAUAGAGAUGACCAGAUAUUGUCCCAAGAAUCAGGACCGUCGCUCCUCAUGGAAGAGAGGCUUUUGGCAAGGACGCCACUCCAAACCUGAGAAGGAGGAGAAAGAGGUGGAAUACAAGGAGAGCUGGCCUUGUUAUGCACGCACACUGCAGAACAGAUACUCUGAAAACACCAUAACGGCACUGGAGAUCUUGGACAGUGAUGAUAAGAUUGACCUGGAGCUGAUCCUGGCUCUGAUCCAUUAUAUUGUGCUCAAUGAGAAGGACGGAGCAAUCUUGGUGUUCCUGCCUGGCUGGGACAACAUCAGCAGUCUCAAUGACCUUCUCAUGGCCCAGCCGCUGUUCCGAUCAGACCGCUUCGUUAUCAUCCCUUUGCACUCCCUCAUGCCUACCGUUAAUCAGACACAGGUGUUCAAAAGGCCUCCUCCUGGAGUUAGAAAGAUUGUGAUUGCUACCAAUAUAGCUGAGACCAGCAUCACCAUAGAUGAUGUUGUGUAUGUGAUAGAUGGAGGGAAGAUUAAGGAGACCAACUUUGACACCAACAACAACAUCAGCACUAUGACAGCCGAGUGGGUUAGCCUGGCCAACGCCAAACAGAGGAAAGGACGUGCCGGCAGAGUGUGUCCAGGGAAGUGCUAUCAUCUGUACAACGGUCUCAGGGCCAGUCUACUUGAUGCCUAUCAAUUACCUGAAAUUAUGAGGACACCACUGGAGGAGCUCUGCCUGCAGAUCAAGAUUUUGAAACUUGGGUCGAUAGCUCGAUUCCUGGAGAAAGCCCUGGACCCUCCAACUGAAAGAGCUGUCAGUCUAGCCAUCAAGAACCUCACAGACCUGAAUGCCUUGGACCAUUCAGAGAACCUGACAGCACUGGGUGUCCACCUGGCUCGUCUGCCUGUGGAGCCACACAUUGGCAAACUCAUCCUGUUUGGAGCUCUGUUAGGCUGCCUCGACCCAGUACUCACCAUUGCUGCUUCACUCAGCUUCAAAGACCCUUUCUUCAUACCCCUGGGUAAAGAGAAGAUGGCAGACAUGAGGAGAAAAGCCCUGUCCAGAAACUCCAAGAGUGACCACCUCACUAUUGUCAAUGCCUUCCAGGGCUGGGCAGAAGCGAAACAGCGUGGUGCCAGGUAUGAGCGGGAGUACUGCUGGGACAACUUCCUGUCUGCCAAUACACUCCAGAUGCUGCACAACAUGAAGGGUCAGUUUGCCGAACAUCUAAUGCAUGCAGGCUUUGUCAGCAGCAAGGACCCAAGAGACCCCAAAUCUAAUGUCAACUCAGACAAUGAGAAGUUAAUCAAAGCCGUGAUUGUAGCCGGUCUGUACCCUAAGGUGGCCAUGAUCAGACCAUCUCACAGCAAAAAGAGGCCAGGGGUUAAGGUGUACACCCAGGCUGAUGGAAAGGUGUGCAUCCACCCAAAAUCGGUCAAUGCUGAAGAAACAGAGUUCAACUACACGUGGCUCAUCUACCACCUCAAGAUGAGAACGAGCAGUAUCUUCCUCUACGAUUGCACUGAAGUGUCCCCGUUCUCACUGCUGUUUUUCGGAGGAGAUAUCACCAUCCAGAAAGACGAAGACCAGGAGACCAUCGCAGUGGAUCAGUGGAUUGUCUUCAGAUCCCCGGCACGCAUCGCUAACCUUGUCAAAAGUUUAAAGAAAGAGCUGGAUUCUUUGCUGGAGGAGAAAAUCCGUAACCCGGCUCCUGUGAACUGGCAAAACCGCCAGUCCAAAGACUGUGCUGUCAUCACAGCCAUCAUAGACCUCAUCACCACCCAGGAGAAGCCCACAGGCAGCACUAAAGGCUAUGGCAGAACGUGGGCGUCUUCCCCAAGAGGACAACACACGUACUUCGAUGAUGAUGAUGACGAUGAUUAGAAGUGGCCAGGUUUUUGCCUGGCUGGAGGAGGAGGAGAAAUGAUUGACUGCAUCCUUGGACACAGAGGUUAGUUGGGAUAUUUAUGAUAGCCAACUGGCCUCCUUGAUGGUGCUGCAUGGUUGACAUUUUUGUUGUCCCUGCUCCCGAAGGCCAAACAAAGGACGCAAGAGUAUUGUAAAAUGAGGGAGAGUUGAAUGACUCCCAUUAGUACUACUUUUUUUUUUUUUUUGCCUGUUUGGUCAAUACUUGCAGGGACCAAUAUAUGUAUGUAAUGAACAUAGCUGUUAACCUUUAGCAGCACACAGUUGCCAUACCACUGAUUUAACAGCCGAUAUCUCAUAAACAUCUGAGAAAGUGCUACAGGCCAGAGGAUUUAUGCAUAUUCCUGAUUAACCUGCGUUGAAUGUCUACAGAGCAGAUGGCUAAUUUAUUGUUCCAAAUGUUACCAGAGAAGUACAAGUGGAGUAAUUUUCUACAGCCCAACUAGCAGGGUUCUUCGGGGAAAAGAGAUGUCACAUUGAUCACUGAGAAGACAUGACAGUCCCCAAGCAAUUAAGCUUUUAUUAAUAGUGGCUUAUUAAAAUAUAUAUGGUUUACUAUGCCAGUUUCUGCAAUAUAAAUCUGUAUUUUGGAAAACAUACAUGUUACAAUUCAGGCUGUUUUACAUAUUUACAUGUACACAGAUGAUUUACAAUAGUUACAAGUACAGAAAGUGAUUGAAAUAAAGACAAAUUCA